CCAACUUUUAUCAACAUAGCAAAUAUUACCUAAGCUUAGCUAGCGUGAGACUUUGGACUUAACAACUCAUUGAAGAUUCCGGUUCGGUCACAAAACCCGGAUCUUUCUUUCUCUCUUUCAUUUCUUAACUUCAGCCCAAUCCAAUCCACCAACCAAACCAUAAUCAUGGACCAACCACAUUCCUCCCCCAAACAACCCAUUUUCUCCGACACCGUCAUCGUAAACGGCUCCAUUUCGCCCUUAACGUUAACUGCCGACGGCUUUCUCCGGUGGUCGGAGUCUGGUCAAAGGGGUUUGACCGUGGAGAAGGAGGUUCUCGGGUUUGCAACGGAUGGUCCCAAAAUCAAGAUCAGAGCCCUCAUUGAAACAGGGGACAGAAUCUGCUGUGCGCCGAGCAGGGGAGCUCUGGUUAGGACCAACUUUGUAUUCGAGUUUUUGUCUCAGGAUACUCAGAGGCUCUUCUGCCACAAACUUCGUCAAUACAUCGAUUCUCUCGGCCGGCCUAAGAGAGUGUUUGUGUUUGUAAAUCCAUUUGGUGGUAACAAAUCUGCUUCAAAGAUAUAUCUUGAUGAAGUGAGACCACUUCUUGAGGAUGCUGAUGUCCAAUUUACAUUGCAAGAAACUCAACAUCAAUUGCAUGCUAAAGAAGUGGCCAGAGCAAUAGAUCUUGCUAAGUAUGAUGGCAUCAUUUGUGUUAGCGGGGAUGGCAUUCUAGUAGAGGUAGUAAAUGGACUGCUUGAAAGGGAAGAUUGGGACACUGCAAUAAAGAUGCCAAUUGGAGUAGUUCCAGCAGGUACAGGAAAUGGUAUGGCAAAAUCUCUUCUAGAUUCGGUGGGUUAUCCAUGCGCAGUAUCUAAUGCUGUUCUUGCCAUUAUUAGAGGCCAUAAGCGUUCAUUGGACGUAACCACCAUAUUUCAAGGAGAUACCAAAUAUUUUAGUGUACUGAUGCUUGCUUGGGGUCUAAUAGCCGAUAUUGACAUUGAAUCUGAAAAAUAUAGGUGGAUGGGAAGCGCCCGACUUGAUUUCUAUGCUCUUCAGCGGAUUUUAAGUUUAAGGCAAUAUAACGGACGUAUUUCAUUUGUGCCGGCACCUGGCUUUGAAUCCUAUGGAGAGCCUACAAGUGAUAAGAGGGAACUUACUAGUUUUAAGCACAACGAUUGUGGUCCAAGUGAAGCGACGGCCAUGGAGGUCCACAGGCAUGGCUACCAAGGACCUGAUUUUGUCUCAGGGAUUUCAGACUGGAGAACCAUCAAUGGACCAUUUAUUUCAGUCUGGCUUCAUAAUGUUCCUUGGGGGAGUGAAGACACAAUGGCAGCUCCUCAAGCCAAGUUUUCAGAUGGCUAUAUAGACGUGAUCAUUAUGAGGGAAUGCCCAAAACUACCUUUGCUGUCCUUAAUUACCCAACUGAAUAAUGGAAACCAUGUCCAUUCGCCUUAUGUUAUGUACUUCAAGGUGAAAUCAUUCAUCUUGGAACCUGGUUCGCUUACCGAAAACCCUGCAAAGGAAGGUAUUAUAGAUUCAGAUGGUGAGGUUUUGGCCAGAGGUAAAGGAACUUACAAGUGUGACCAGAAAACCUUGAUGUCCUAUGAUAAACUUCAACUGACAGUUGAUCAAGGUUUAGCUACCUUAUUCUCCCCUCUAUAAGAAUUUGAUUCUAUCAGGCAGAGCCUUCGGGGUCACAGUAUGGGAUUUCAGCCUAGGAAAAUCCACAUAUCAGUCAGCAAUUCCCAUGCUGAAAAUAGUUUUGUCACUACCCACUUAACUGUUAAUGUUAAGUUAGUAGACUAUCUUUUCAGUUUAAACUCUUCAUGAAAAUGACAAAAUAAAUAUUAUUGGCUGAGAAUAUAUAGUGAAAAAAUUAUACGAGCUCUUUUACCGCACAAA